AUGGCCUCGUUUCUGCGCCCCGCGAGCUUACGCUCCGUGACUCGUCUCGCCGCCGCCGCACCCUCGAGAUAUUCAUUCAAGGCUGCUCCGAUCCGAAGUCUCGCAUCCGCCUCCAACAGCCGUAGUGCCGCUGCUGCCGCGGUCGCCCACGCCCCAGAAGCAUCCUCCUCCUCCAAUGAAGUGCCCUUCUUCGCCGACGAGCCCGUGGGACCAAAUGUCGUGACCGCGAUCCCGGGCCCCAAGAGCAAAAAGGCCAUCGAGGAACUACACAAGGUGUUCGACACGCGCAGUCUGAACAUGAUGGGCAACUAUCAGCAGAGCUACGGAAACUACAUCGCCGAUCUGGACGGCAACGUCCUACUCGACGUGUAUGCCCAGAUUGCAUCCAUCCCCGUCGGCUACAGCAAUCCCGCAUUAUUGCUCGCGGCAACCUCACCCGAGAUGGCCUCUGCACUGAUCAACCGACCGGCGCUGGGCAACUUCCCACAGCACGACUGGGCGGCGAUUCUGGAGACCGGACUCCUACGAGCGGCACCCAAGGGGCUCGACCAAGUAUUCACGGCGAUGGCGGGCUCGGACGCCAACGAGACCGCCUACAAGGCAGCGUUCAUGUGGAAGGCGCAGCAGCAGCGAGGCGGCCCGGACGUCGAAUUCACCGAGGAAGAAAUGUCGUCCACCAUGGCCAACCAAAGCCCCGGGUCGCCCAACUUCUCCAUCAUGUCGUUCAAGACGGCCUUCCACGGCCGGCUGUUCGGCACCUUGACCACCACCCGCAGCAAGGCGAUCCACAAACUCGACAUCCCCGCCUUCGACUGGCCGCAAGCCUCGUUCCCUCUGUUGAAGUACCCGCUCGACCAAUACGCCGCCGAGAAUGCGGCCGAGGAGAAGCGUUGCCUGGAGGAAGCAGAGGAGGUCAUCAAGAAUUACCACAACCCCGUCGCGGCCGUGGUCGUCGAGCCCAUCCAGUCAGAGGGCGGUGAUAAUCAUGCCAGCCCAGCGUUCUUCCGCGGCUUGAGAGAGAUCACCCGUCGCCAUAACGUGUUAUUGAUCGUCGACGAGGUCCAAACUGGCAUCGGUGCCACGGGCAAGUUCUGGGCCCACGACCACUGGAAUCUGCAGGAUCCUCCGGACAUGGUCACAUUCUCGAAGAAGGCACAGACAGCAGGUUACUACUUUGGCAACCCUGAGCUUCGACCCAACAAGCCUUAUCGCCAGUUCAACACCUGGAUGGGCGACCCAGCACGUGCAAUUUUGUUCCGGGCCAUCUUGAAUGAGAUUGAAAGACUAAACUUGGUGGAGAACACCGCUCAAGUUGGUGACUAUCUCUAUUCUGGUCUAGAGAGCUUGGGACAGAAAUAUCCAGAGCACUUCAAAAACCUCCGCGGUAAAGGUCAGGGCACCUUUAUCGCCUUUGACAAUAGCAAACGUGAUCAAUUCCUCGCAAAGGCCAAGACCUUUGGCAUCAACAUUGGUGGAAGUGGUGCCACCGCUGUGAGGUUGCGCCCGAUGCUGAUCUUCCAGAAACAUCAUGCAGAUAUCCUUCUGGACGGGCUGGAGAAGGUGGCCAAAAGUUUGUAA